AUGCGUUCAACACAUUCCUUCACCUUGGGCGCAGCGCUCUUGUGUGUCCUUAGUAGCACGAAUGCGUAUAAACUGGUCGACACGUUUGACAGUACGAACUUCUUUGACGAGUUCAGUUUCUUCACGGGCACGGAUCCAACCCAGGGAUACGUCGAUUAUGUCUCUGAAUCUGCUGCUAACAACAGCCAUCUGGUACGGACUCAAAACAACCAGGUCUACAUGGGGGUCGACUACACCACCAAAAAUCCAUCCGGCGGAAGGAAGUCCGUACGAGUAAGUAGCAACAAAGCAUACACCCAGGGGCUUUUCAUCGCUGACAUCGCACACAUGCCCGGUGGGAUUUGUGGCACAUGGCCAGCAUUCUGGACAUUUGGUCCCAACUGGCCAUCCAGUGGUGAGAUUGACAUCAUUGAGGGCGUCAACAGCGCCAAUACAAACACAAUACAUCUCCAUACCUCACCCGGAUGCACAGUAAGCAGUCAGAACUCAGCGUCUGGCACUUCGUCGCUCGGCAACGACUGUAGCGCGGGAAAUUCAAACACAGGCUGUGGCGUCAGCACGUCGAAUACCAACGCAUACGGAACCGGCUUUAAUGCCAAUAAAGGUGGGGUUUACGCCAUGCAGUGGGCGUCGAACGGAAUCUACAUCUGGUUCUGGCAACGGGGCCAAGUGCCAGCCGGCAUUACCAACGGCUCCCCAGAUACCUCACAUUGGGGUACUCCUAUGGCAUCCUUCUCGGGGUCGGGCUGCGAUUUUGCCUCGUCCUUCAAAAACCAUAACAUAAUCUUCGACUCGACGUUUUGUGGUUCCUGGGCCGGGCAACAAAGUGUGUGGUCCAGCGGCUCGUGUGCCAGUCUUGCUUCCUCUUGCAAUGACUACGUUUCAAACAAUCCGUCUGCGUUCAAGGACGCAUACUGGCUGAUCAACUCGGUGAAGGUUUACCAGUAGUCGUUGGCAUGUGUACUUUUUGCUAUGGUUGCGUCUAACUUUUGCGGGCAAGGGGGAAUGGCGACUUGGGCUCCUGGAGUUUUCUGGCGCAUGAUAUCCCAAACGGAUUUAUAUUUUUUGCUUCGGGGCACUGUUUUUUUGCACUGAUUUUUACACUGUUUCUUGUUUGUACUACUUAUGGAUUUCUAUUGUACAUUAUACAUUCGGGAGGCAGGGUUUCAACGAUAUGUCUUCAACCUCAUUUUAGAAGGUGUCUAUGUUAGGAGUUGCUGAAUUACG